CAAAAAUCUUACGUUCAAAACCAAAAGCAAAAAAUGGCAAAGUCUCUUCUCAUGGUAAUGAUGGUGUCCAUAGUAAUGCUUUACAUGGUUUGUCCGACUUUCUCCCAGAUAAUCAAUCCAUAUACAGACGAGGUAAUAGAAGAUGUGGCCGAUUCUCCAAUUUCAGAUUUCGAUAUUUACGUCGAAUCUCCUGAUGAAGCUCCACUUGAAGAGGCUGAUUCACCCGCAAUGGAGUAUGACACAGAGCUUGCUAGCCAUUACUCGCACAAACAGCUCGAUUUUCUUGAUGCUUGCAUUGAAAAGCAAGGCAAAAAAUGCGGAGGUCAGGUUUUCAAGAACAUGUUCGCUGAGACUCCUCAAAUCACUGAUGAAUGUUGUCAUCAUGUAUUGAAGAUUGGCAAAGAUUGUCAUCUCGUAUGGGUUAAGUUCAUAUUCACCUCGUAUGAGCAUAAAAGUUUUGCUUCUAAAGGUAUUCCAAAAAGCAAACAGUCAUGGAACGAUUGUGUGCGUAGAGUUGGGAGCAACAUUGGCGCUCCGGUCUCUUUGGAGUAUUAAAUUGAUAUUCCCUGAUGCUGAUGAUAUGUCUAUGCGUUUUUGGUAAUUUGAUUGUUACCAAAUUGUUUUUGCUAAUCAAGA